AUGCGUUUGUCAACAACAAGCAAGACGGGGAAGAAGAGGAGCAGGAGGAGCAGGAGGAGCAGGAGGAGCACAAGGAGCACGAGGAGCACGAGAAAGAGGGACAAGAAAUCGAGGGAUUCGGCUGCUGCCAAGGCUUUCAGCAUGGUGCUUAUGGAAGCCUUUGUUUAUGGAUCCUCCUUUGCGUUGAUAACAUGGCCAAUGAGGGAAGGUCCUGCCAUGAAGGCCAUCGUUAUCAGUGCUGCCUGCGGGUUGACGUACUCCUUGUAUCGCAGAGUCUUGAUCAACCCCAACCUCGCGAGGAUUGAAAUAUCCAAGGAGGGCGUGUACGAUGUAAAGGACCUCGUCGCCCCAAAAUGCGCUGGCUGGAAGCUUGUUCUGUUCGAAAAGCUUCUCAACGUCAACGAAAGUGAUGCUCUGGAGCAAGCCUCCCAGAGCAAGCGAAGGUGGGAAGAAGGCAAAUCACUGGGCCCCCUCGACGGUGUUCCCUUUGCUGUGAAGGACAACUUCAACGCUGUCAACUACACGACAAGUUACGGAACCUGCUUUCUGGCAGAUGCCCUGGGUGUACAGCUGCAGGAUUGUACUCCCAUCGCACGCAUGAAGGCAGCAGGAGCCAUCCUUGUGGGAAAGACGGGCAUGCAUGAGCUCGGACUUGGAACCCUCGGCACCAGCAGCGUUGCUGGUCCCUUCAGGAAUCCUCAUAACAUCAACGCCUAUUGCGGAGGAUCUUCGACAGAAAUUGGAGCUGCAGGUUCGGCUGCUGUUGUAGCAGCUGGUCUAGUGCCCAUCGCACUCGGAGGCGAUGGAGGAGGAUCGGUCAGGAUACCGGCCAGUAUAUGCGGCGUCUACGGGCUGAAGCCGACACAUCGCAGGAUCCCCAACAUCAGCGUAGGGAGGAAGGAGGAAUCUCGAGCAAGUCUGACAGAUAGCCAGGGGUCAGGGAUUGUUGACAACUCGGUUGUUUGCAUUGGCCCCAUUGGCGCGACUAUCUACGACAUUGCCCUUGCGUACCUUGCGGUAUCCGGCGACGAUCCGACGGCGGGAAACUCUUUGAUUACCCCAAAGCCGCAUGUCUCUGGCUUUGAGAAGAUCACGAAUCUCAGAGGCGUAAGAAUCGGAAUCUUCAAGUCUUUCUUCGAGCAUGCGGACCCACCGAUAGUCGAGGUCAAAGACGUCGUCAUCUCAAACAUGGACACGAUCCGGCUUGCUCAUCUCCUGACCAUUGCGACUGAGACCGGGCAAUGUAUUGAAAUGUUCGAGAAGAACAACAGGAUUGAAAAGAGCAAAACCAUGGGAAAGUUCACGCUGGAGAAUGAGAUUCUGCUCAACGUUUGCAAACAAUGCACUGCAUACGAUUACAUUGCAGCACAGAAGGUCAAAGCAUUCGCGGUCGAGCAGAUGAGGAAGAUGUUUGAAGAAGUAGACGUCCUUGCUCUCCCUACAUGCGCCGUAACGGCUCCUGACAUGAGGGCUGAAGCCAUUUCCCAUGGCGAACUGGACAUGCAAGUCUUGGGAAGACUUGGAAGGUUCUCUAGCCUUGCAAACUUCGCCGGUCUGCCUGCAAUCUCCGUCCCUGCUGGGUUUGAUCAGCAAAUGAAACCGAUAGGCUUCCAGCUCAUGGCAAACGCGUACAAUGAGCCGCUCCUGCUUAGAUUGGCAAACUCGCUCAAGGAUUCAGUCAAGAUGCGAAAGCCAGCAGGAUAUUUCUACGGGGAUGAAAUUAUUCUUUGA